GCUAGCAUAACAACAGAAUAACAAUAUCAGUGAAAUCAUGCCGGAAGUUGGCCGAAAAGCAUGCCGAGCGACCCGCCCAAGCCGACCCAAGCCGGGCCGAAAGCGUCCAAUCAUGUCUACAACUUCCUUUUCUUCUCUUUCUUCUCCAUAUGCCUCGUCGCGAUGGAGUCUUUUUGCGGAGCCCCAACUCGAUUUCUCCUGCUGCCCACGCACGCACACACUCGCUCACUCAGAAAAUGACACACAUCGGCUCGAUCGGCAUGUCCUCGAGUUUCCCCUCGCCCGGACUUAACUGGAGUCUAAUGUCGUAGCAAUUUUUCUCCGAGGGGGUUUAAUAUUUCCCCCUUCCCCGUCCCCCCCUCUCCCUUUCGCUAUACUUCUCGAACCGCUCGCAGUGCAGAACAUGGCUCGGUUUCUAGGCUUCCGAGGCCAUCGCCUCAAUGUGGCCACCAUCCUACUGGUUGUAUUCCCAGCUUAUAUGUGUUUCGGAUACAACCUGGCUGUGUCUGGCGGUCUGCUCACUCUGCCGUCCUUCAUAGAGCAGUUCCCAAAGAUGGACACCGUGCAUAACACGAGUAAAUUCAAUUCUAAUGUCCAGGGAACCGUUGUUGCUUUGUUCACUGUAGGAGGCGUUCUAGGCGCCUUGUCGACUAUCUUCAUAGGCGAUCGUCUCGGCCGGCGACGCGUUGUUUUCCUGGGCUCCGCACUCGUGAUUAUUGGCGCUCUGCUCAUGUCUUCAUCAUACUCGUUCGGCCAAUUCAUUGUCGCUCGCUUGGUUCAGGGCAUUGGCACAGGCGCUACAACCGCAACAGUGCCGGUUUGGCAGUCGGAGAUAUCUGGCUCGUCGCACCGUGGGUCCCAUGUUGUAACUGAGGGGCUUUUUAUUUCCACGGGCAUUGCUGCAUCGCUAUGGAUCGAUCUGGGCUUCUCGUUCAUCGGCACAAGUUCUGUGUCAUGGCGCGUUCCUCUAGUAGUCCAAGUUCCGCUAGCGAUUCUCGUCAUGAUUUUCAUUUUUCAACUUCCCGAAUCUCCUAGAUGGCUGCUAGGGAAAGGUCGAUCGGAGGAAGCGCGGGAGAUUCUUGGGAUUCUCCGUGACGUCGACAGCAAUUCGGACAUCGUGCAAAGCGAAGUAGCCGAUAUCGAAAAGUCGCUGGAAUUACUCGGCACUGUCAAUAAGUGGGAGCUGUUCACACUUGGCGAAAAACGCAACUUUCAUCGGCUGGCGCUCGGUAUGACAGGGCAGUCGUUUGGACAGCUCUGUGGCAUCAACUCGCUUACCUUUUACGCCACCAUUAUUUUUGAGCAGCGCCUAGGGCUCGGUGGUACCGACUCUCGUGUUCUCGGCGCCGCAAUGACGACUAUUCAAAUUGUCGGAGCGCUAGCAGCUGUCCUUACCAUCGACCGUCUAGGAAGACGCCCGCUCAUGCUGACGAGCGCAGCGGGCAUGUGUAUGUCUAUGGCUGUGCUCGCUGGUACCACAUCGACAUCUCACAACCAGGCCGCUCUGAUCGUUGCUGUCAUUAGCUUAUUCGCUUUCAACAUGUUCUACCCCUUUGGAUUUUUGGGUCUCCCUUUCCUCUAUUCCACCGAAGUAGCACCUCCGCAUUUGCGCGCGAAGAUUAGCGGCGUGUCUAACUGCAUGACAUGGCUAUUCAAUUUUGUCGUUGUUGAGGUUACACCCACGGGCUUUCAAACCAUCAAUUAUCGGUAUUACAUCAUCUGGGCAGUGAUCAACUUUGCCAUCGUCAUCACGGUGUACUUUUUGUUCCCCGAGACAAAUGGGCGAUCGCUGGAGGAGAUGGAUGAGAUCUUCAUGCUAUCUAACAACAUUUUUGAAUCAAUGCGUGUUGCUCGAUCACUGCCUCGAAAGGACCACCUGAGUGUUGAAGCAGGCGGGGAUACUAGGUACGACGAGGCGAAGAGUUAAAUAUCGAAAGCUUUAUCGUUAGACUGGCUAGAAAUAUAAAUUUAGAACAAUCCUACAGCAAUGUGAUAAAAGUUUGAAUAUAGUAUCAAGAUUUCU